AUGCAAUUCUUUUCACCAGCAUUAGAGGAUCUUGACGAACAAAGACAUGUGGAAAUGUCUAGUGCAGCAAGAGACCAGAACAAAAAUCGAUCCGGAGAAAAAUACAAAUUGCAAAAGAAUGAUACAAUGAACUAUUCUAUUGAAGGCGACAGCAGCAGUAACGGUCGACAGUAUGACGUUUUUUCAUCUGUUGUGCGAGGACAAAAAGGCGGCUCCUAUGAUUCCUCACAAGACCAGAAACAGGAGGGUGGUGGUGAUAAGAACCAGCAACAGCAACAACGACGCACUAUUCCAAGUAGCAAUAUUGGUGGAAUAAAUCAUGGUGGUGCUACUGCUGGUAACCGUAGCAAGGCUAUUUCAUCCGUCGGUGACGGUAAUGUCAACGACAACGACCAGCAAAGCAGUACUGAGUAUCAAGAGGAUUCGUUAAACGACGUACUUUUCGAUAUUGCCGAUGACUUUCUUUCGUAGAGUCAUUUCAACCCGUACUAUGCUGUAAAUAGUAGUAGUAGUUGGACAUACAAUUUGUUUGGUUCGUUUCCCAAAAGGCGGACGAGAGUGUAUUUUUUUUUCUCUGUCAUUGUAUUAUAUAUUCCCCCCCCCCACCUU